AUGAGCAACAAGAUCCACCACAUCAACUCGGGCGCCGAGCUCGACGCGCUCUUCAGAUCGACCACAUACGUCGCCGUCGACUUCUUCGCCGACUGGUGCGGUCCCUGCAAGGUCAUCGCCCCGCAGUACCAGGCGCUCGCCGACAAGCACGCCAUCCCGGGCGUCCUGGCCUUUGCCAAAGUGAACGUCGACCAUGCCCAGGACGCCGCGCGCACCUACGGCGUGAGCGCCAUGCCGACGUUCAUGUUCUUCAAGGAGGGCAAGCAGGUCGCUGUCAACGGCCACAAGAUGAUCCAGGGCGCCAAUGUGCCGGAUCUCCGGGCUGCGGCGGAGAAGCUAGGAGGGCUCGCGAAAAAGAGACAGUAG